UGAGGAGGAGAGGACCGGAGAGGAUGCUGGAUGCUGAGUCGGAGCCGCUGGUUGAAACAGUGAAGCAGCUCUGAGAGAGAAAGACCGACAGCUCGUCUGUGUGAACGCUCAGGUCCGGGUGGAUGAUGAACAGGUCUGGCGGCCCCCUGGGGGAGGAGCUCACGGAUGAGGAGAAGGAGAUCAUCAACAGCGUCCUGGCUCGUGCGGCCAUGAUGGAGGCCACAGAGCAGGAGAGGAUCGGGCGUCUUUCCAGUCGUCUGGACAACAUCAAGAAGACGGCGUGUGGUGACGGACAGUCGCACUGCCUGCUGUGUGGGGCGUCAUUCGGACCGCAGGGGGUCACAGCUGUCCUCUGUGUGCAGUGUAAAAAGCACAUGUGCAGCAAAUGUGGCAUCAGGAGCAACAGCAGGUCGUGCCCCGCGUGGCUGUGCAGAAUCUGCAGUGAACACCAAGAGAUACACAAGCGUUCAGGAGCUUGGUUCUUCAAGGGGCGGGACCAGCAGGGUCUCCCCGCCCCCCUCCCUCUGUCCACACCUCGACAGUCCAGCACUGAGAGCAGCUCUGCUCCGGCGGCCAGCGGUGGACCGCAGGAACCCGCAACACGUCCUCCGGGACACGAGCUCGGCACAGAGCCACAGCAGCAGCGGUCCCGUGGAUCAGAACAAUGGGAGCAGACGGCAAGAACAACAGCUGACAGCUAUAAUGAGAGUCAGUCCCGUCCAGCAGCUGUAAUGAAGACAGAGGGACAUGUGUUGGCCUCCAAACCACCCCGGGCGAACGCACAGCAGGCAGCCCCCACCUCAGCUGCACAGCUUUCAGACAGGCAAGAGACGGCGGCCGCUCCAGCUGUGGAGGACAAGAGACAACCAGUUGUCUCCAGCUCCGUCUCGUCUCAUGUUCCUGCGACCAGAGCUGCUCCACCUGUCCACCCCCCCGCCGACAAUCCCACUCCCCCGAGACCAGCUCCGGGUCGAACACAGGACGAGGACAAUGACUACGACUCAGACGAUGCCACGACUCUGGGAUGUCUGGAGUUCAGUCUCCUCUACCAACAGGAGAACCACGCCCUGCACUGUUGUAUCAUUAAAGCUAAGGGUUUGAAGCCGAUGGACUCAAACGGACUCGCUGACCCGUACGUGAAGCUGCACCUGUUACCUGGAGCCAGUAAGUCCAACAAGCUUCGCACCAAGACGCUUAAAACCACUCUGAACCCCGUGUGGAACGAGACGCUCGUCUACCACGGCAUCACCGACGACGAAAUGUCGCGCAAAACUCUCCGGCUUUCAGUGAGCGACGAGGACAAGUUCGGACACAACGAAUUCAUCGGGGAGACGCGAGUCGCUCUGAAGAAACUGACGUUCAACCAGAAGAAGAACUUCAACGUUUGUCUGGAGAGAGUGAUCCCGGUGAAGAAGGCCGUCGGAGGCUCGGCCCGCGGCAUGGCUCUCUAUGAGGACGAUGUGAAUGAGGGUGAGGAUUCAGAGGAGAGAGGUCGUAUCCUGGUGUCGCUGAUGUACAACACUCAGCAGGGUCGUCUCAUAGUGGGCGUGGUCCGCUGUGCUCACCUGGCCGCCAUGGACUCCAACGGAUACUCUGACCCCUUCGUCAAAGUAAGUCUGAAGCCAGAUAUGGGGAAAAAAGCCAAAAACAAGACCCAGAUAAAAAAGAAGACUCUCAAUCCAGAGUUUAAUGAGGAAUUCAGCUACGACAUCAAACACGCUGAACUCGCCAAGAAAACCCUGAACAUCUCAGUCUGGGACUACGACAUGGGAAAGUCUAAUGAUUUCAUUGGAGGAUGUCAGUUAGGCAUCCAGGCUAAAGGAGAGUGUUUGAAGCACUGGUACGAAUGCCUCAAGAACAAAGACAAGAAGAUCGAGUGCUGGCAUGUUCUGCUAAAUGACAACUCUGUUCACUUCGAGGAUUAAAACAUCUUCCUCCUCUCCUGUGGAUUUUUCUUUCUCUCUUCUUCCUGCCUGUAGAAUAUUGUCUUCCUGUGAGCACAGGGAGACAGAUAUUAUCCUCUUGCUUUUCAUGUAGGUUUUCCCAAAGUAAAAAUGUGCAAGCUACAUUUCCAGCUGUUUUCAGGUGACCAACAUGGAUGUCGACCCUGGGGCUCUUUGUAAUAAGGAGUGACCACUGAGUAAAACCAGGACGCUGCCAUGUUGCCAUUUUCACUGGUAUCAUAUCAUAAACUGUAUCAUGUGAUAAUUAAACCUUACCUGACAGGCGGUAAUGAUUGAACAGUGAUUUAUCAUAUUUUAUGGAGAAGAUAAAACUUGUUAUCAUUGUCUUUAAGGCAGUAUGUUGUGAUGACGUGUGCCUCCAGGGAAAUCCCAGUUUUCUGUCCGACCUCUCUUAUCCUCAUGUUGAUCUGUGUCAUACGAGAUCAUCAUACUGUGAUAUCAGCUGAUCUAUGUGACCACGUUGUCCAAGUGCUUGCAUCACCAAAACAUGCAUUUUCCCACUUGUGUCGUUACGCAGACGUUACCGUGCGUAUGUUCAAUAUUAAAACAGGUUUGCUGAAACCGAUGUGAACAGAACUCUCCCCGUUUGAUUUGCAUUUGUUGGUCUCGCUCUCACGACUGUCACAACACUGUGCCACCUCCUCCUGUGCAUGUGUGAGCUUUCUGUCUUUCUGCUGGAGAAAUGCUUCUGCAUGACCUCUGAUUAUGACGAACGAAUUCAGUCAUGCAACGUAAACGCUGUUCCAGGAAACCACACGUACAUUUGAUGGAUAUAUUCUAAUUGCAGGUUAAUUAAAUCGAUCUGCGCUCAUGUUUUCAGCUACAUUCUUCUCUCUGUGUUCACGUUGAUGCAUGUCUGAACUCAUAGUGUAGCGAACAUGUGGCUAAUAAAUAAAGACAUCAUUGCACUUCC